AUGGAUCACCUGUUUUUAUUGUAUUCACUACAUGAUCGAGACAGCUAUACCAAGACUGCCAGAGAAAAGUUGAAGACGUUGGGCUAUGAGGUGGACAGUGUCCAUGAGACACCCGACCCUGAGGAUGCCGUUAGGAAAGCUGAAGGAAUAUUCAUUGGUGGCGGUAACACAUUCCGCCUGCUGAAUGCUCUCUAUGACAACAAGCUGGUAACUGAGAUUAGAAAGAGAGUUUUAGAGGAUGGAAUAUCUUACAUGGGAUCAAGUGCAGGUACCAAUGUCUCCACCAUCAGCCUCAACACCACAAAUGACAUGCCCAUCGCCUAUCCACCUACAUUUGCUGCCAUUGGUUUAGUGCCCUUCAACAUUAACCCUCACUAUCUGGAUCCUGAUCCCAGCAGCAAACAUAUGGGGGAAACGCGUGAACAGAGAAUUAUCCAAUACCACGAGGAGCCGGACACAACAUGUGUGCUGGUAUGUUAA